UGUGAUUGGAUGGUCAGAGUGGAGCGUAGACGACCGUUGCGUAGACGACCGGGCGACGAUCCUGACGUCACAUUCGGUUCAAAAUGGCGGCGUUGAGAUCGCUGUGGGAUCGGACUGUGUGGAGGAGUUCGUCUCUUAACUGGCAGAGUCUUGCAGGAAGCAGAGUAGAGCUUGUCACUUGGCAGGUCUGGAUUAGGCAGAAAUUCACGAAGUCAAGAAUUCCUGACUGGGUAUUUCAGCCACGACCUGGUGAUCAUGAAAAAUACGGAGGCGAUCCAGAGCAGCCUCAUAAAUUACACCUCGUAACCAGGAUUAAAAGUGGUAGAAGGCGCCCCUAUUGGGAAAAGGAUAUGAUUAGAGUUCUUGGAUUGGGAAGGAGAUAUGAACCCAGAGUGCACAAAAACAUCCCUUCUGUGAAUGACCAAUUGAAAGUCAUCAAGCACCUAAUACGCAUACAGCCAUUAAAGCUGCCCCAUGGAAUUCCAACCGAAGAGGAAAUGGCUGAUACAUACUUUAACAGUAGCACAGGUGAACUAAUCAUUCGUCGUCGUCUCAAACCAGUGGAACAGAAAGCAAUCGAUUCUUCUUAAUGUGUACUGACCUCUUAUACAAUAAAUAUAAUGUUAAACCACAA